AUGAAGAACAUGAUGAUCUUCACUCUGCUGUGUCUGACCCUGUGCUGGAUGCUCUCUGUGGACUCCAUGAGGAUCCCAUUAGACAUGGCUGACAAAUCGGUUGAUGACAUGUAUGAUGGCUGCAACGACACGGCAUCGUUGGACCAGAGAAAAGAACAGUACUCUAAAGAGCUGACAAGUGGAAAAAAAUAUGCACAGGCCUGGAAAAUAGCUGAAACGUGUGCUAAUAAGACGUUUAAAAAUAGGAGCAGGGAGGACAUGAAUCUGACCAAAGAUCACAUGCAAGCAAUCUGUGUGUACACAGCUAAAUAUGUGUAUUCACAGUUUAAUACAGCAGUCAGAAAACAAAGGAAAAGAUAUACUAAGUCAUUCCGGUACCAUAUUUUACAUUUCCUGUUGACGACAGCCAUUAGAAUCUUGAAUCCUAAUCACCGCUGUCACAUCACCUACAGACGAACUGAUGCUGCAUUUACUGGAAAACUCAACCAAACAAUUCGUUUUGGUUCCUUUGCAUCCAGCUCUUACAAAAUGGACCUAAAAAAAUUUGGUAAUGAAACCUGCUUUAAGAUUAAAACCUGCUAUGGUGGAUAUUUGAAAAACUAUUCAUACUACAAUGACGAGCAAGAAGUGCUCAUCCCACCGUUUGAGAUGUUCACCAUUAAAAACAUAGCUAGAUCACCACGUUGUAUCGAAGGGCUGAAAGACUGUAAAACCGUCUAUGUGUUGGAGAGUGCAGGAUAUAAAAGUAAUCUGAACUGCGAGUUAAGUUUUGUGCAAAAGCAAAGUGUCAGAGCAACAGAAAUUCUACAAGACAAACAGAAACAACUGGCCUUGCCUAUCCACAAACUCAUCCAAGACGUGUCCACCCGGUGGAACAGUACUGAGAAUAUGCUUGAACGUGUACUGGAACAACAACCUGCCAUUUCUGCUGCACUCAUGCCCAGGGAUCUCAAAAGAGGAGAAGAGGUUAACACUCUUAAGGUCAAAGACUUCUGUAAUAUUGAAAACAUUGUCAACUUGAUGGCGCCGGUCAAACCUGUCACCACCAGCAUGUGUGAAGAUAAGCGGCCCACACUCAAUGGUUCCCCCUGUCAGAGCGAAGCUUUAAAAGAACUUUGA